UGACAAUCACUCUUCGAAUUCCGCACUCGCAGCCAUGGCCUCGACAUCGGCGCUGCACGUACUGGACCGGCGCGACGUACAGCGUAUAUGCAGUGGACAAUCGGUGGUAGACCUUGCGACGGCUGUGAAGGAGCUAGUGGAGAAUGCACUGGACGCUGGCGCGACGCAGAUCGAAGUGAAGCUAAAGGAGUUUGGGCGCGACGCCUUCGAGGUGAGUGACAAUGGUGCCGGCGUCGCUCCCGAAAACUACGCUUCACUUGCGCGCAAACACUACACCAGCAAGAUUAGCAGCUUUGAGGACAUCGAGACCGUUGCAUCCUUCGGCUUCCGCGGUGAAGCGCUGAGCUCAAUAUGCGAGCUCGCUGCCAGCUUUACAGUGUGUACAAGGACGCAGAACGAUGCGGUGGGAACGUUGCUGAUGUACGACGCGAGCGGGGCGCUCGUGAAAGAGACCAAGAAAGCAAGGCCCACGGGGACCACCGUGGCGGUAGAAGAGCUCUUUAAGCCAUUGGCUGUCCGAUACAAGGACUUUAAGCGAAACAUCAAGAAGCAUUAUGCCAAGUUGCUUAAGGUGCUGCAGGCGUACGCUGUGAGCUGUGCCAAUGUCAAGAUCUGUGUGUUCAAUAUAACAGGAAAGAACUCCAGUCGUCAUGUCGUGCUGGCUACUCAGGCGCAUCAGACGAUGGGAGAGAACAUUGCCAAUGUGUUCGGUACCAAGUUUUUUAGGACACUAAUACGCAGUUCUACUACGGAAACUGAAGAUAAUCUAAGUGGACAAGAGCGCAAGGUGGAGGGAUACGUCUCUAAAGUCGGCGCAGGUGUCGGCCGAAGUGACAACGACCGGCAGUUCUUCUUCAUUAAUGGCCGCCCGUUUGAUCUACCAAAGAUGGCGAAGACACUGAACGAAGUUUGGAGGCAAUACGAAAUGAAGCAAAAGCCAGCAUGCAUCCUUAACUUUCUGCUGCCUCUGGGAGACUACGACGUGAACGUUACUCCAGACAAGCGAGAGACGUUUGUGAAGCAUGAAGCAGAGAUUAUUGAUGCAUUUAAGACGGGAAUAAACAAGCUUUACGAACCAAGUCGAGGAACGUUUACAGUUCAGCCAUUGCUGACAGCGUUUGCUCAGCGCUUCCCUGCCCAGAAACCAAAGCCUGUUAUCGUCGAAAUACUCCAACCAAGGAAUCAACGGGGUGCCGCAUCUGCGCCAUCGUCUCCUGAACAGAUCCUGUUGGACUUGCGAAAGUCUGCAAAAAGACAGAAGCUUUAUUCUCCUUUGCCGUCACAAGCAAUACUUUCAACACCUGAAGAGCAUGCGUGGUCAUUUGACGAAAUGAUCAAGCAGCGACAACAAUAUUUUGAGGAAGAGGUGGAGUAUGAGCGGAAACGGAAGACUAACCGCCUCAAGGUUCCGAAGACGUGCUCGACUUCUGUGGAUGACAACGCGCUUGAAACAGACAAUGAAGUUGCUGCAGCAGCAUUGCAGCGCGUGCUCAAGAAAGAGGACUUUAAGCGCAUGCAAGUUCUUGGCCAGUUCAACCUCGGCUUUAUUAUUGGGAAGCUGGGCAAUGACCUGUUCAUUAUCGAUCAGCACGCCAGCGACGAAAAAUUCAACUACGAAACGCUUCAGCAGACUACAGUCAUGCACCAGCAACCUCUGGUCCGUCCGCUAAGGCUAGAACUGACAGCUGGAGAAGAAAUGGUUAUCUUAGAUCACUUGGGAGUGUUUACGAAGAAUGGCUUCACCUUCCUGGUCGACAAGGAUGCUCCGGCUACAAAGAAGCUAAAGCUGCUAUCGCUGCCUUUCACGAAGCACACGCAGUUCGGUACUGAAGAUAUUCGAGAGCUGGCGUCGCUCCUCAUGGAUGCGCCUAUGAAUACCUCAACUAUCCGCCUGCCAAAAGUGAUGGCGAUGUUUGCGUCCCGAGCGUGCAGAAGCUCCAUCAUGAUUGGAACUGCUCUUCACAAAGAGGAAAUGCAGAAGAUUGUUCGAAACCUCUCUGGACUGGACCAGCCGUGGAAUUGUCCGCAUGGGCGACCGACUCUCCGUCACUUGGUUGAUCUCAUGCAUCUCGAAGACAGCAAUGACAGCAAUUAAAUUCGUGUAGUCAAGCGCAUAAGCCUAAGUUUCUAGGUGUUGUCCCAGGAGUACAGGAGUGGCAUUGGUGCUGGAGCCUGGAGGUGACAAUUGCUUGCGGUACUUUUCACAUAGUUCGUUGUAGGCGUCGACGAGGACUGGAUCGUUUGCGUCCCCCUGGUAGUUCGCGUUCACAAACUCGGUCCACUGGCGAAUAUCAUUUUCUUCGGGGGAGUGUGUGAAACAGCCACCCUCACACUGACA